GGCUGCGAGCUAAUUCCUACAACACUUCCUUCACGUAAACAAAAGAAGCAGGACAGAGGUGGCAAGAUGUGAACAUCCUCGGGAACUUUUUGCCUUAGUUUAUUUUCUUUAUGUUCUGUUUUCACCGUUGAUUUGCACAAAAGCACCUGAAUCAGGCAUGGAGGAGGAGGAGGUCGUCCCUGCACCUGAUGAGGGAAACGAGAGAGGAACAGAGGCAGGAGGCAGAGGAGUGAGUACUGGAGGAAAUGAAGGAGGCAGUGAAGCGAGGAGUGGAGGAAGUGAGGGAGAUGAAGCAGGUGGUGAGGAAGGCAUGCCACCUCUCCCAUCAACUCACAAAACAGAGAAAGACAAACCAAAAGUACGACCCAGCCAAGUAACAGAGGAAGACAGACAAAGACCAACAUAUGAUGAAGCAAACCAAACCGAGGGAGAGGAACAAGGGGCACCACAUCUCCAAACAGCAAGCAAGGCAGAGGAAGACACAGCACAAAUCCCAUCUCAUGUAGAAGCAAACAGAACAGAGGACACAGAAGACAUGCUACCCACUCAACCAGAAAACAAGACAAUGGAAGAAAACGCAGAUAUUCCAUCCCUUUUACCAGCGAGCAAGACACAAGAAAACAACACAAGCAUACCAUCACUGUUACCAGCCAGAAAAAUGGAGAGGAAAGGAAUGCUACGGCCCCUUUCAUCAUCAAGGAAGAUAAAGAAAGUUAAAUCCUUGCCCAAAAAUGUCGCCAACCCCAUGAUGCUGAAGGUGGUGAGACGUGUCAACUCAACCACCAAUUUAGGCUCCAUCCCCUCCAUUGUCCCUGCCACUGAAAGCUUCAUCCCCUCCAGCAUAUCACCCGCCACCAACCCCUCCCACAUGCACCUCGUACAGACAGCGGACGGCAGAAAGCUCCUCCUCACCAACGUUGUCAAUGUGUCCAAGGCCAUGCCCAGCAAACCACUCAUUUUCCUGUCCAAGGGUCAAAACAUGGUUGCUCCGGCCCCCUCCACAACCUUUGCAAUGUCAUCAGCCCCUCGCGUCACCCCUCAAGUGUCCGCCAACAUGCCUCAGACCAUCAUUAUCAACCCCACCCAGCUUCAAGCCCCUCAGCCGGUUGUGUUAAGGAUCCCCGGCAUCAACCAGCCAAUCGUAGUGCGGCAGCAGUCCACAAACCCCAUGGCAGCCACAUCCCAGCCUGCCGCAGCACCAAAGAGGACCAUAGCCACAUCGCGAAGGGCCACACCAGCCCCCACCACCACUACCGCCGCUGUGCCAGGCCCCAUCACCUCCCCAGCCAAGGCUCUCACCCCCGAGGGCCCCAUCAUGUUUGUGAAUAGUGGGAUGACCAAGUUUAAGGUCGUUGGUAAACCUGUCCCCGUCCAACUGUUCCCAAAAGUACAAAAUAUUGCCCCGAAGGACACCUCCACCACCACCACCUUUGCUGCCUUGCCUGCCUCACUGCCAAGUCUCAAGAGUGUAAGAAAAGUCCCUGACCAGGUCCCUCCCCUCAUCACAGUCCCCGCCGGCCCACCCAAAGCCCCCCUGCCUGAGCCGCCAGCAUACCUCAACAUCAGGGUGAAGGAGGAGCCGGCAGAGCAAGGGGGUGGCGGUGAUGCUGCUCCCGCUGUGAAGAUGGAGCCAGCGGACACAAAGCAGGAAGAUGAGACGGAUGAAGAGGGAGACUUACCGCUGCAGUUGGAUGCCUUGCUGGAUGUUCGCAUCAAAGAGGAGGCGACGGAUGAGCAGAGUGAACUUCUAGCUAGAGAUAAACAACUCCGUCAAGUGCUUGGGGUAACAAACACUGAUGAUGCAGACGAGCAGCAACAAAACCAGCACCAGCAGGAGCAGCUCCCUCCCCAGAUGCCCAAAUUCUACAUCCGCACAUCGGAGGGGAAGCUGGUGUCCAUUUCCCCAGAAGAGGCGAAGGCUUUGGGCCUCAACCACAAAGAUAAAGUGGAGGAAAACCAGCGGCGUCUGAUGAAUGCACUGAGCAUGGCCCAGACGACAGUGGUGGAUCGUGGUGUGGGGGCUGAGAUGGCCGCCAAGCUGCGCCCUGACACACCCAACGUCCUCAUCCCAGGGAAUGUUAACGUCAAGGACUUUGUGAGCUGCCAUGUCUCCCCUGCAGCAGAGAAGACGGCAGCCCUGAUGAGGAACCUUGCUGGGCGCAGACUGGACACAAACGCCAACAAUAUUUUGGCUCCCAAGAGCAAUACGGGAAUAAUCGGGGAGUUUGAGGCUGAGGAUGGCAAGCGGUACCUCAAGAUCACCAUUGAGACGGAGGCCAAUGGGAAGGAGCCGUGCAAUGUGCCCAUAACGCCCCUCAACACCUACCAGUGCCCCUUUUGUGGCAGGGACUUCAAGACCAAGGACCACGUUGUCUCACACAUCCGCAUCCACACCGGCGAGCGCCCGUACCCUUGCGACGUCUGCGGCAAGCGUUACCGCCAGCGGAUCGACAUAAUCCGCCACAUGCGCAUCCAUACUGGUGAGAAGCCCUUCAACUGUGGCCUGUGUAACGCGUCCUUCAACCAGAAGUCCAACCUGCGCUCCCACAUGCGGAUACACACGGGGGAGCGGCCGGUGCAGUGCAAGGUGUGCGGGAAGGGCUUCUCCCGCAACACCCACCUCAAGCAGCACAUGAAGCUUCACACCGGGGAGAAGCCGUACAAGUGCAAUGUCUGCCACCGCCCCUUCCGCUUCAAGUCCGGGCUGCAGGCACACGAACGUAUCCACACUGGCCUCAAACCCUACGCCUGCUCCCUCUGCGGCCGCACCUUCACACAGAUCGUGGGGCUGAUCCGCCAUGAAAGGACGCAUGCAGGGGAGAAGCCUUUCAGGUGCCAGAGCUGCGGAAAGUCCUUCGACACGCGCGACGCUCUCAAGAGUCACGUCAAGAAGCACACGGGAGAGCGACCUCAUGCCUGUGACCUCUGCCCCAAGACUUUCACCGACCCGUCUGCCCUUCGCUGCCACCGCAAGAAGUACCACGCCAAUAUGCUUAUUUGUGUCAUAUGUCUCCGGGAGGACUUCAAGGAUCGGAUAGAACUCAGGGAACACCUCCGAGCACACGAACGGCAGAACUGGGAGGAGACGCCCGAGGGAGAACUUGUCCCCUUGGCGAGGCCUCUUGACGGGGAACAUUUUAUCUCCGUCAACGACAUGAUGGAUGAAGAUGAAACACUGGAAGGGGAAGGGGAUGAGAAUUACCCAAUCCAGAAUGAGGUGGCGAUGAAUGACGAGAACUAUGUUGAGGUGGAACUUGACCCUGACGAUCCAAUGGAGGAUGACAGUGAGAGCAGAGGAUUCACGGAGGACCGGAAUGAUGGCGAUAAUGAUUAUAGAGAACAUAAAUUCCAAAUUGAAGACUGUGACCCACUAGCCUAGCCUAGCCUUCUUUCUUUGCCAGUCAUUAUUAUUAUUAUUACUAGUUUCAUUAAAUCAAGCAGCUCAAGGGCACACAGAUGAAAGGCCCACUAAUAAUUGCUCCUUUCAUCAAGAAGAAAAUUGAAGUGUACAAACAUAGUGUCGUGUUUGACCUACCACUUGUUGGUCAGUUUUACUUCCACAAUGUGAGGAAAAAAAGCCAAUCAUGCCUCAGGAUGUUUUGUGUGUGUUUUUAGUCUGUUUUGUCCUCUGUCUUGAGUGUUUGUAUUGUUUUCUCUUGGAGGAUGAAAAGUUGUUACAUGAAGUUCUGUUCCUUGUUUUAUGUGCUUGUUCCUGUCUGUCGUGGAACUGACGGCAAAUUUCAAGAUGUGGACCUGAGAAGCCUUCCAAGUUAUGAGUAAUUUCAAGCUUUGCAAAUGUUUUUACUUUUGCUGGGACUGUGGUUAGGGGAGUGAUGGUUAGCAACAAGUGCCUCAACCUGUGCCUUUUUGAAAGCAUACACCAAGUGCCUUUUAGAUAUACACGAAUACAUACAUACCCGUAUAUGUAUAAUGGAAUGCACAAUUACGUUACAAGGUGGUAAGUGCAUUGUGUACGUAGUUAUUGGAAAAAUAACUUUGCAGUGAUGUCCAGUUUCAGAUUGCUGCACACAAAUAUGAUUUUUAUUUAUUUUGAUGUUAUUUAAGAAUAUUGUUUGAGUAUAUAAAUUAGGUUAUAAUGAGUAAGGCAAAGAAUUAUAAUUGACACAUAAAAUACCUUGGUGCUUACUGAAACUUGGUAGUGAUCAUAUUUGUGUUUGUAUAACAACAAUGAUAACGAUCUUGCACUUAGGACACCCUACAAGACAAAAAUAAGAGUACAAGAUGUUACUGGGUGUAUUCAGCAUUAUAUGAUCUUUAUAUAAUUAUGUGUGUGUGUGUGUGUGUGUGUAGUCCAUCUACUUGUAUCUUCCUGGACUAAGCUGGGCUUAGGGGCACCUACUUCACCAGUGGCUGAUGGUCCGAGUGAACAAGGUCAAUGCCGCACACAAGUUUGUGGACGUGCUGUGUGUUGACAGCCUUAUUACCAUCCACUUUGUUGAUACUGUGCUGAAGUGGGGAGGAGGAAGAGGGAAGUGAGGGAGAGGGGCACCUCAGUCUGCCAGGACUGGUACACAUUACCUUGUCUUUACAAUUCAUAAUACAUAUUUUCCUCUAAAUUACAGUAGACUAAUUUCCAGGCACCACAUGCACGUGUGUGUAUUCACCUAUUUGUAUCUUACCUAUUUAUAGCAUACAGGGCCUGAGCUCAAGCUCAGACAGUCCUGUCUCCCAGUCUAUAUUUGCCCAACAUUUCCUUCACUAUAUGGACACUGCCCUCCUGCCCUCUUCAACAAUGUCUGUUUAGUCCAUUCCAUGUAUCCACACUCCUGUAUGGAAAACUGUGCUGCUUUGUCUUUCAAGCAAGUCCCCUUUCUCAAUUUCUUGCUGUGUGUGUGUGUGUGUGUGUGUGUGUGUGUGUGUGUGUGUGUGUGUGUGUGUGUGUGUGUAGAAGGGUUUAGGUGUUGCAAGAUAAGCACAAAGAGUAGUGAUGUGGAGACCUGCAUUCAAUUCCCACCCACAGCUGCAAGCUAACAAUUGUCAGCCAUCUUUCUGGGUAAAGCUCCAAGGGGCAGCAGGAGUAGUGCAUGAUUACCACCACUAAAAAAUACUUGCCUGUGCCAGUUAUGUGGUGGGGCCAACCACCAGGCCCCAUUAAGAAAGCUUACUGAUGUCUAGCAUAAAAUAAUUGAGUUAAAUUGGCUUGGCUCCCAUGUCUUCCAACUUAAAAGUUAAUAACUUAUGUUUACCCAGAAUUUGCAGUGUUGCAUAGGAUCAAGUGACAUCCUAUUAAAUAAUGUGUUACAAGAUAUGGGAAGUGAUGUGAGAUACUAGUGUUGCAGGGAAACAGGUAUAUAGCAAAAUCUGUAACUGGCUUUAUUGUUACAAGAGGGCUAUGUUGUGUUUUGAGAGUCUGAUGGUGUUGUUAGCUUCGUAUUUUUUGAAGUUUUGAAAGGACAUUGUUGAAGUGUUUGUGUGUGUGUGAAGAAGGGCCUGUAUGUAGUGCAUUUAAAAGCCUCAGUGCUAGAGAAUCUAUUUUGGUGACAUCCAUUCAUGGAAAUAUGUAAUUUUAGGUAAACAUUAAAUGCUAGUUCAUGACAGUAAGUCCAAAAUUCAUAAUAAAUUAUUUGCUAAAUACAAUCAGUUAGAAGAGCAAUACAUUGAAUCAUGAAAUAAUAAGUAAUUAAUUUACAGUUUAGUACUUACAGGAAUGCAGUUUUGUAUAAUUACCAUUUUUGUGCAUGUCUUGUUUGGUGUUUUUAUGAGUAUUAUUUUGUACAUGAAAGCUUCCAGUUGCCAGUAUGAAGUUAGGCCAUCAGUGCCUUGAUAAUGGUGGGCUUCCAAGGGUAGUGGUGCUGUGCCGCCUCUACGGCAGGCACUGUCUGGCUCUGGCCUCGGAGGUGUCUUCUCAACGCACAAGGAAAAAGUUUGCUGCAGUCUCAUCUUGCAUCAAACUUAUUUUUCUAUCUUCCAUCUCAUCUAUGUACAUAAUUUUUUAUAAACUUUUUUUGCUUAA